UUUGAUUUUUGAUUCUAACCCAUAGAGAAAGUUAAUAGUUUAGCUCAAGCUCUACACUCCAUAAUCAAAAUCAAAAAUAAACAAGUACACCAUUAGUUCAUCACUCAGUUUAUAAACAUUUAAUUCUUUUUGAAGAAGUUUAUAUGGGACACGGAACCAAUUCAGCAUGUAUAGAUAGAUGAUAAAUAACACAAGGAACACCAGUACGAGUUGUUAACAUACAUUUUUAUUUUUAGUUUUUAGUUCCUGAAUAGGUUAUUAGGAAAAAUUGAAAAUAAUGGCGUUUGUUCUUAAAACUUACAAGACACUAAGAAAUAACUGGAAAAAAUCCACAUUUUUUGCAAUCGUUUUAGGAUGGGGUGGUUCUUAUACAAAAAAUUAUCUCGAAACUGAAAAUUUAAUGAGAGCAUACUGCAAAAAAGCUUCAGAAUAUGGAAAUCAAACGAUACCAGUCACAGCAAAUCCAAGAAGUGUCACAGUUAUCUUAAAUCCAAAGGCUAAUAAAAGAAAGGCACAAUCAGAAUUUGAGAAGUAUUGUGCGCCGUUGUUACAUUUAGCUGGUCUAAAAGUGGAGCUUGUAAAAACAGAAUCCGAAGGUCACGGUAAAAGCAUUAUUGAUAAAAUUAAUGGCCCUGAAGCGUUGGUAGUAGCAGGUGGUGAUGGAACACUCUCGGAAGUCAUCACAGGAUUAUUGAGACGAACUAACGAGAAUGUCAAUAAUUUGGUACCUUUAGGUAUUUUGCCAUUGGGAAGAAAUAAUUCACUGUCCCAAUCAUUAUUUCCUAAUAAAACAAAACUUAACAGAGUAAAAUCCUUGGCCGACGCUACGAUGGCAAUUAUUGAAGAACAUACAAAACCUGUAGAUGUAUUGAGAAUAGAAAUUUUAACUGAAGAGGAAAAAAGGCCUAUAUAUGCAAUGUCUGGUAUAAAAUGGGGAGCUUACAGAGAUGCAGAAGUGAUGAAAGAAAGUUAUUGGUACUUUGGAGGACUUAAAAAAUAUGUUACAUACUUACUUAACGGAUUGAAGACGAAUUUAGCUUGGAACUGCCAAGCCCAAGUUUACUACAGCCCACCCUGUGCAGGUUGUUCCAACUGUUACCAGGGUCAGCAGUCACAAUCACAGUCGAAAUGGUUUCAAAACUUCAUAAAAGGCACCGACGAAAGUCGAAAAUAUCAAUACGUUAAUAAUCCUUAUUGCAACGAAAAAUUAGAAAGAAAUAUUUCAACUACAGAUUUUAAUAUUUUCACAUCAAACGUCAUUCCAAGUAGGAUAAGCGACACGGACAUACCAAAAAUCCAGUUAUAUAUCGGUCCUCCAAAGGUGGAUUAUGUGGAUUUUGUUAGACAGGGCUGGAAAUAUGAAAAUGAUGGCAGUAGAGAGAUUGAGGAAAGUAUCGAAGCCAGAACCAUAGAAAUCGAUCCAAAAUUGGUGAAAGGCCAAGAAUUGUGGUUUUCAAUAGACAAUGAAGACUACGAAGCCAAACCUAUUAAAGUAACUUUGUUGCCCAGAUUAUUAAAAAUGUAUUGUAGCAGAGAUAUUUUAAUAAAUAAGUGAAUAUACUAA